AUGAGAUGUAAUCGUCUGAAGAUUGGCUCCACUGCUCGUCAUUCCAAGCGCAUGAUACACCACACUUCUCCCAAAGACGUCCAACAUGGGGAUUUGCGGGUUUCUACUGCUGUGUCGCGACAGCGCGCCAAGUCCAAGGACAGCGACAGCCAUCUCUCAUACUCCUCCUCUAGUCCAGGUUCAUCUUCGAGCUCGACUCCCAGAGAUGACGAACCUUGGACCCCCGACAGUACCGAGGUCGUGGUAAUAUCGCCUGAGAAAUUACUCGCCGCCCCCGUCAACUUCCAAACAACAUCAGAUGCGCUUCGCACUGUUACGGACGUGGAACAAUUCUCAGCCAUACAUUCGCCAUUUAUAUUCGGAUCUAGUUUUAUCCCGGGAUCCCAAAAGACUGUUUAUGCUAUUUUGCAAUUAUCCGCCCCGGUGCUGACCGAAGGAUACCUGGCCUUCCUAGGGCUGAUGUCGAAUUACCAAAAGUCGCCUGUUAUCCGCCGGAGCGAGCCCGAUAUGUUCAAGGCAGCGAAGGGCUUGCAGCGUCUAAGAAGCGUGGAAAUCUCAAACGACUACAGCGCAGCUUGCGCUCUCUUCCUGGGCCAGACCAUGUACGUGUUCGACGUACUCACGGCGCCAUACUCCAGUACAGCGCACUCUAUCGUCCGGAGCUCCCUCAUGUCGACCAAAGCAUGGCUCCCCAGACUAGUGCAAGCCCCGAUCAUGGACACGAUAACCAUGUCCCCGAUUCUGAUCGACACGGUCGAGUGCCUAGUGCACCGUGAAAUCCCUAUAAUACGACUCGACCCCCAGCGUCGCGUCAUCGUUGACCGCUAUCUUGGCCUUUGCGCGACACUCCUCCCUCACCUCUAUGACAUCUGCGAAUGCAGCAAUACCUUGAAGAUACAAGCUCCUCCUGUCGGUUCUGAAGCACACACAGCCCUUCACGACCGACUGGAUGGGCUAGAGCAGACGAUCAGACGCUGGCGGCCCCAAACUCCUUCCGGACUAUUCGAAAGCUACGGCCAACAUGCGGUUCUCGCAAUGGUAACACAAGCGAACGUGUACCGUCUAGCAGCCUUAUUGAUCCUCCACCGGCUGCGGUAUCCGCUAGGAGUCGAGGAUGGGGCCGCGUGGAAACUCGCAAAUGGAAUAUUCUCUGAAUUGUCGUUCUUUGCCAAAUCGGCGGUCAAUGGAAAGGAAUCUAGUGCGCUGCCGGUGGUGUUUCCUUUGACGAUGGCUAUGUUUGAGAUAUAUGGGCCUGGAGAAGAUUUGCUGGAACGCUUGACUUCGUUCACGGUUCAGAUCUCGUGUGUGGGACGGCUGCAGGAAUUUGUGAAGCUGGCUAGGGCUUCGAGGGAGUCUGGGUUUGGGGGGAUUUGGUUUGAUUUGGUUGAUGCGCAUCUUCGUGUUGCGGUACCGCCGUAG